AUGGCAAGAAUUGUAACAGUAUUCGGUGCGACAGGAGCACAGGGUGGAUCUGUCGCCUAUGAAUUGCUUCGAAACAAAGAAUGGAAGGUCCGAGCCAUCACACGUAGUGUUACUGGAGAGAAGGCCCGAGUACUAGAACUGAAUGGUGCUGAGCUUGUCUAUGCUGAUUUUGAAAGGCCAGAAACGCUGGCGUCUGCUGUUUCUGGAGCAGAAGUAGUUUUUGGCGUUACUGAUUAUUGGCAAUACAUUGAAAACCAUGGCAAUGUGGAGGCUGGCAACAUUGAAACAAGGCAAGGCAUUUGUCUUGUAGAUGUACUCGCGUUGUCGCCCACCCUCAAGCACUUUAUAUGGAGCACACUACCCCGCGCAACUCCGGAGUCACCAGGCGCAGUGGAGGUCCCGCAUUUCAAUGCCAAGAAUCGGGUAGACAUGUAUAUCAAAGAAUACCACCCGAAGCUGGCAGCAAAGACCACCUACCUUGGCGUAGGGUGGUACGCUGAGAAUAUGGCAUGGUACCCCUUCUUCAGUCCUCAGAAAUAUGGUGCCUGGGGUCACUACGUGUUCAUCCAGCCUUGCUCGCCUAUGACAAAGAUCCCAAUGGCUGGAAGCGUCAGAAAGAACGUAGGAGUGCUGGUAAAAGCAAUCCUUGAUCGCCCAGAAGUUUCGUUGCCUGGAAAGGUGGUGCAGGUAGCCAUAGGGUUGAUGACGUAUCCGGAGUUGCUUGCAACAUGGAGUAAGGCCACUGGCAAGAAUGCCACUUACGUUCAAUGUACAAGAGAAGUUUUUGAGAGCCUUUACCCAGCUACUGGAUUGGAAUUAGCGUUGCAAUAUGUGUUUUUGAAUAACGUGGCUUCUUCGGCAGAGGUCGAUACAAAUAUUGUAGAAGCAUCAGCGUUAGGUGUGUCCCAGCACAUGCUUGUGGGGGUGGAAGAGACGUUACGCGAAUUGAGCUCCAGUUGGAACUGA